GUUUCAAUAUUCCAUAUUUCCUGGUUGGCAAUUUUGUACUAUUUCAGUAAUUCAAGCUUAAAUAAGUACUUCGUUGAUCUAUAGUGUCUUAUAAAAUCUUAUUUGUUUGCAUGAAAAUAGCACAGAAAAUCCGAGAAUUAAAAAUAAUGACCUACAGUUUUCUCUAAUGAAUAUUAUCAGGAUUAAUGUCAGAAUGAAUGUGUCAUGCAUAACAGUGGUUCUAAUGUGUUGCUUCAAAGGCGUUGUUUGCAAUAUUUGUGGUAGUCUUAGUUAUUCAAAACCAGCUUUUAAAGGGAGAAAAGUUACACUAACUUACAAGCCAAUCGACUUCUCGCCUUCGGAAAUGCCAAUCUUUUCCUACAGUGAUGACACGAGAUGGAUACGUGUUCCAUCAGCCAUUAUGUCUAAUUUAACUUUGGGCGUCUAUACCACGGUGUUCGACACAAAUCUCCCGAAUACUGGAGGGUUAUAUGUUAAGCACAUUCAAUGCAGAAUCAACAUUCCACUCGUCUUACAAGACCUUUCUCCAGGAUGUGGAAAUAUCUAUCUUCGAACACAAAAUCCUAUUGCGGGCAAAAACAUUGAAAUAGAAUAUUAUCCUGCACAGGCGGUGGUUCAGCAUCCUGGUGAUUACGGUCGAGAAUGGUAUAACGAAUCAUCUUCAAUGACCUUGACACAGGGUCUAGUGACUGAGGAAGAAUUGCCCAAUAAAGUGUUCGUACUGACCAUUCACCACUCCAAUCAGUGGACCACGGGACAGUACAGUGUGAAAUGUACGAGAGGGACCUACAAUAACACAUAUACCGAACAUGUCUAUGUUGAAGUGACAGUUCCACCCAGCAAGCCAUUUCUUCAGUCAAAGAAAAUCGUCCAGGAAUGUCCCGAAUGCCUUGUUGGCAUCUUAGGUGAAAAUCUCUACUACCAUGUGUUUUGCAAUACAUCUGGGGGCACAAGCCAAUCCAUUAAAAUAGGAGAUGUGGAAGAAGAAAUGAUAAGACAAUCCAAUUCGGAGGACAUUUACAUAAAUUCCCGAAUUAUACGCAAACACGAUCAUAUGAAGACCGUAACCUGUAGUGUUUCCAACGCAGCGAUUGAACAACCGUUAACAACGUCGGCUAAACUUUACGUUGCAUUUAAACUAAAGACACCAGAACUUAAUGUACCUAUCUUGCGAGAAGGAAGCCCAGCAAAAGUCACGUGCGUUUCGAGAACAGCGAGACCCGCCACAAACUUAAGUCUCUGGUUAGAUGGAAAGUUUCCAUUAUCUGUCGAGCAUGUAAAGACCUACGACAACACGACCAGAACGCAUACAACAGCAAUAACCCUUAACAAUCAAGCCAAAAGAGAUUGGAAUAAAAAAUAUGUGUCUUGCAUAGCAUCUUCGCCGCUAUUUGCGGGAAAUAAGACUAAAUGGCAGACAAUAAAUUGCACUUAUCCACCAUCGACGCUGACAAUGGUUGAACCAAGAAACCAAAGCUAUUUGCAGGACAUCUAUACUCUCGAGUUUAGUUGUUCCUUGGACAACUACAAUGACUUUUGUUGGAUAUCAUGGACAAAAGAUGGUCUACCUUAUGCAAACGGGGACGGGACAGACCGGAUACACAAAUCGUCUGUUAUUGUGUUUGCGAAUGUCAGUAAGGAGAACAAUGGACAAACCAUUACCUGCAGCGUCAAAUGCUCUAACUUCGAAGUAAAACUGUACAAGUCGCAUGUUGUACAAUUACCAUAUCGACCAAGUGUUCACUUGUCGGUUAAGGACGAACUAAUUCUAAAUGCUCGUGAAACAACCAAAGUUACUUGCACGGCAAAGAGUCUACCACUUUCGGAUAUUGUCUGGUCGGUUAAGGGAGACACACAAAUCCAUGUUUGCAAUAAAUCCAAUGAAUGUGAGAUAAAUAUAAACCCAGGAAACGUAAAUGAACGCAGAAACUACACAUGCACAGCUUAUUUCAAAUUCGAAAAAUAUGGCACAAGUGCGACCAGCUCAUUUCUUGCAGUUUGGAGAGGUGAAGGUUCGUCAUUGACCACCCACAGUGAAGGUAUAUCCAUAGAGUGGCUUGUCAUUGGACUGGUUGGUUUGUUAGCGGUUGUCAUUAUUUUAACAGCAAUUGUCUUGGCAAGAAAAUUGUUUCUGGAAGAGAAUACUCACGAACAUCCAAGUGAACAACAACCUGUCCAACGUGUUGUCACUGCAGCAAACGUGCAGGAAAAUGAAAUAGAAGAGCUGAACGAAGACCCUACAUACGCCCAAGUUGACAAGACCAGGAGAACAAGACCAGAAACAGAGGAGUGUAAAGCGAAGGGUGGGGAAUCACGUGAUUUAAUGGAGUCACCGAGGGUCACUACCGAUGUAAACAAACAAGGUUCAGGUAGCGAGCUAGUUUAUGCAGAUCUUGACAUCGAACAUUUGGAGAAAGCCAGAACACUAACGUCGAGACAGAGGGAGACAACUCCAACAGUAUAUGAUGACGUUGACUUUACCAGAACAAAAAGUGGAUCAAACAAAUGAAUGUCAGGAAAGAUAAACACCAACUGCGUGCACAUCAGCUGAAAUUGACAUUGUGCUUAUUCUUCUGUAUUUGUGAAAGUAUCUGUAAAUGUCAUAACUCAAUCUUAGAAAUGGCAUUUACCAAGGGUCGAUUUUGUCCAUGGAAUUCCAGCUAGAUCAGUCUGCCUGAUUACACAAUUUUGAGACUUCCAAACAAAUAACACACACUUACACACACACACUUGCACGCACACACGCAAGAACAAACGCGCAUACACAUGCACGCACGCACACACACACACACACACACAAACACAUACGUAUAUGCAUAUAGAUAUAUAUUGUUUAAAAUUGUGUCGCAACAAUGCUUACAUAUGAGCUUAUACUGGUUUACGUUAGUUCGAUUUUGAAGGGCCUAUAUCAACAAAAAUUUGAUAAUGUGUAGACAAUUUACAUGUGGGGUCUCUGUGUACUUUCGAUGAAGUGCCUUUUCUCAUAAAUUUAUGUAAAUGCAUUGUGGGAGCAUCUGACUGUUUACAUACCUGAUGCGUGUCCGGAUAUACUUGAUUGACAAUUGUAACAUUGACUUAUUGUUACAAAAGCGAAAAAUCAACUGAAAGUGUUAAGCUAAAAAAUUUAGGGUUUUUAUAGCUUUGUAUGAGAUAUUGUGUGUGUGGUUAGUCGUACAUGAAACGCAAAAUGUACUUUUUACGUAUGCAAGCUUUCUUAACUCUUAAUUAAAGACAACAUUUGAUUACAACAAAUACUUUUCGUGUGCAUGCAUACCAUUUCAUGGAUAAAAGUUCAUAAAACAAUGUUUGUUAAUUUUUCAAUAGAUACAACACAAACAUACAUGGACUAUCAUAUGCUUGCUUCGUCGAUUAAAUAUAAAAUAUUUAGCUAUACUUUAAAAAAAUUAUGUAAUCGCUGUUUAUGCUGAUUUGAUAUUUAAAAUGAUGCUUGUCUGUACGUGUAUAUACAAAUAUGU